AUGCCGGAGAUUUUACUGAAUGACCCUGGAGCUUUGAUUGCCGAUGCUCCUAAUAAAAACCUUCUCCCUUUUCCAACGGACAAACAAGAUGCAAAUUUUGAACUGGGAGUGUCAAUGAUAAUCCAUGGCUGGCACACCUUAACCACUGCAGUUGAUAAUCUAUGGGGUGGUCCACAAUCAGAAGAAAAGAGGGACUGGAUAUCUGGUGUUGUUGUCGACGAAUUCACAAACAAUUAUGAAAUCGAUAUUAUUUAUUUACACGAAUUAUUGUUGGGUAUAAUGGAAGAUGAAUUUUUCAUUACUCUAGAGGAUGGAUCCACCGUUGAAAUUGCCACUAAGAUUGUAAAAUGUUAUAAGGAGUGCAAAGACAGCAUUUUUGAAAAUAUCCAGGCAAUGUACACGAAAUGGGCCGCUAAACAACAGAAUAAACAGAAAGUAAUUGUCAGUGUUGGAGAGGAUCCAGUAAAUCCAGAUAUUUCUGAUGACGAAGAAGGAACUACUGAUGAUCAUAACGGUGAUGACAUGGACGUUGAUGACGUUGAGUUGGUUCAAAGUCAACCUAAAGCAAAACAAGAGCCUGAAAUCGACGAUGAUGGUUUCACGAUUGUCAGAAGACGCUGA